AUGGCCAUGGUAGUGGUAUCCAUGGAGUUCCAUAGCUCAACAGGAGAACACUAUGUUGUCGGAUAUGACUACCACUGGAGGCUGCCAUCAGCAGAAAGUUUCUAUCUUGUGUGGUCACGACUCCAUACCUUCAAAAGCAAUGAUGUUCUCGUCUUUAUUUUCAACAACACGAUUCAUAACGUUGCAGAAGUAACAAAGGAGGCAUACGAACAUUGUAAUGGCACCAACCCCAUCUCACUCCACACCACCAGCCCGACUGAACUUACCAUCAAGAACAUGGACAACCAUUAUUACAUUUGCACCAUAGGAGACCAUUGCAAGAAAGGGCAAAAAGUAGGGAUUGAGGUUAAGGAUUCACCAAACUAG